GUAGAUAAAUAUUGCGUAAAUAAAAAGAACGUAGAGAUAGACUCUUGCGUUUCAGGCUCUUCUUCUUGAGUUAAACACCAGAAAACCCUACAAAAAAUCAUUGGGUUUUACACUUUCUACUGCUUCUGGGUUGGUACAAUUGCAGUGCCCUUUUCCUUGAUUUUCUAGUAGCAAAUCAUGACGUCACUAUCUCUUCCUCACUCGCUUCCUCGCUCGCCGCCGCUCCUCUCUUCAAACCAACCAAGAAUUAUCGCUCACUCGUUCAAUCAAUUCCCUCUCUUUCGAUGCUCCGCCAAUCUCAGAAACUCCAAAAAUCACCAGAAUUCCAGAGCCAAUGGUCGCGAUGGUCGCUCCACUGCCACUCGCCUCCCAGCAAAGUUAGAAGUGGAACGUUUUGCGAGCAUUUCUUCUUCGAGUACCCAAGAAACAUCUUCAGUUGGUGUCAACCCACAAAUCUCAGUAGCUCCCCCACCCACAAAUGUAGGGUCGCCUUUGUUUUGGAUUGGUGUUGGUGUUGGGCUUUCAGCACUAUUUUCAUGGGUGGCUACGAGAUUAAAGAACUAUGGAAUGCAACAGGCUUUUAAGACUUUGAUGGGUCAAAUGAAUCCACAAGAUAGCCAGUUCAACAAUGCUGGAUUUUCUCCUGGGUCACCUUUUCCAAUUCCAUCAGCUUCAGGAUCAGAGCCUUUUGGCUCACCUUUUCCACCUACUUCUCAACAUUCGACAGUAGAUGCAUCUGCAACCAGAGUAGAUGCAGCACCAUCCGCACCAGCAGCACCAGCCUCAUCAGCCACAGAAGCCACACCAACCACACCGAUCACAUCGACUACACCAUCCACCCCCACCACUAAUGUCAAAAGUGACUCUGAACUAAAUAAAAAGUCAAACAGAUUUGCUUUUGUAGAUGUUACUCCAGAAGAAACAGAACAGAGUCCUUUCGAAAGUAGCUUCAAAGAUGUUUCUGAAGUUUCUCAAAAUGGAGCUGCUUUUAAGCAGGGGGCAGAUUCUUUCACCAGUUCCCAAUCUACUGGAAAAGCAAAGCCUGCGAUGUCAGUGGAAGCGUUGGAGAAAAUGUUGGAAGAUCCGACAGUGCAGAAGAUGGUUUAUCCCUAUUUACCUGAGGAGAUGAGGAAUCCUACCACUUUCAAAUGGAUGCUACAAAAUCCACAGUAUCGCCAACAGCUAGAGGACAUGCUAAAUAAUAUGGGAGGAAGCAGUGAAUGGGACAAUCGUAUGAUGGAUUCAUUGAAAAAUUUUGAUCUUAGCAGUCCUGAGGUUAAGCAGCAGUUUGACCAAAUUGGGCUUUCACCUGAGGAAGUAAUUUCUAAAAUAAUGGCCAAUCCUGAAGUUGCUAUGGCGUUUCAAAACCCAAGAGUUCAAGCAGCAAUCAUGGAUUGUUCACAGAACCCACUGAGCAUUGCAAAAUAUCAAAACGAUAAGGAGGUUAUGGAUGUUUUCAAUAAGAUAUCGGAACUCUUCCCCGGGGUGUCUGGUUCGCCUUAAUUUCUAUUUAUGGACGCUAGCUUCUCGACUUAAACAUGGUCUCUAUUUAUUACGGAUGAGUAAGGGAAUUUGAGCUUUUCCAAUCCUGCGAAACUGAACAUGCUUCUCGUACUUGUGCCCAUGCAUAGCGCGCGAUGGGCUCAUUUUGCUGCCGUAUUUGGAAAUAUGAGUUGACAUCCUUGUAGCGUAUUGGACGAACUAAAAGCUUCAUGUCCCUUCCUGUAAAAACGAAAUGUAUAUUGGUGUCUGGGAUCAUCUGUCUAGCAGGCUUUUGUAAUGUUGGUUUUGGUAGCUUUGCUCAAGAUUUUAUGUAGUGAACUGAGAACAAUUCGGAAUAAAAAUUGGUGAGUUUUGCA